UGGAGCCUAGUUGGCCGGGGGAUGUUCGUGCUGGGCCGGGGCACUCCCUCUCCUCCUUAGGGCGGUGGCAGCGGCGGCGGCAGGCCAGGCUCUCCGGACAUGGCGCUGAGAGAGCUGAAAGUUUGUCUGCUGGGGGAUACAGGUGUAGGUAAAUCAAGUAUUGUAUGGCGGUUUGUAGAAGACAGUUUUGAUCCAAACAUCAAUCCAACAAUAGGAGCAUCCUUUAUGACCAAGACUGUCCAAUAUCAGAAUGAGCUACAUAAAUUCUUGAUUUGGGAUACAGCUGGACAAGAACGAUUUCGUGCCUUAGCACCAAUGUACUACCGAGGCUCAGCAGCAGCUAUAAUCGUUUAUGACAUCACAAAAGAAGAAACAUUUUCAACAUUAAAGAAUUGGGUGAAAGAGCUUCGACAGCAUGGGCCACCUAAUAUUGUUGUUGCUAUUGCAGGAAAUAAGUGUGACCUUAUUGACGUACGGGAAGUCAUGGAAAGAGAUGCUAAAGACUAUGCUGAUUCCAUCCAUGCAAUUUUUGUAGAGACCAGCGCUAAAAAUGCGAUAAACAUAAAUGAACUCUUUAUAGAAAUUAGUAGAAGAAUUCCGUCAACAGAUACUAAUCCCUCAUCUAGUGGUAAAGGCUUCAAAUUAAGAAGACAGCCUUCAGAGCCAAAGCGAAGCUGUUGUUGACUGAUAUGCAGCAACUCAGACUUAAUUAUAAAGUAGGUGGUCCUGAAAGUUAAUGGGGGUGUUUUGAGUAUAUAUGUUUUGACUUUUCACCUGAGUGAUCAUCGUACACAGAGAGCCUACAGAAAUCAACGGGUUUGUUUCUAGUAUCGUUGACUUCCUGAAGACUGCAGUUGUGAAAUUUCAGUCUGUUUACUUCUAUUAUGUAAAGAAUUUCUUGUAGUCAAAGAGAAUACAUAUUUGAAAUUUUGACUUUACUGAAGAGGAAUGUGUAAUUGUAUGGAUAGUAGCAUUAAAAUGUUUAAUAGUUUUGUAAUCAAGAUUUUAUGUCAUGUUUUGUAAAGGGAAAAUGAGCACUUUUGUGGUUCUUGAAAAAAAUAAGCCUUGUAGAAAUUGUAAUUUUGAGACUUAGAUUACUUUUCUUUCCAUUAUCAUUGCUAUAGUGAGCUGUACCAUUUAAAAUUUGAGUGCAUAGCCGUAGUGAAAGGAGGAUAAUUGUUACUUUGUAUUCAAAAUAAGUUAUUUAUAAAACUGAUGGAAAGGAUCUCAUCCCCUACCAUCCCUGAAGCACUUUUCAUUGAAGGUAUUAGCCAUGGAUGGAUACAUGCAAUGAAUUAAAAACAUUAAAUAAUCCUUUCUUUUUUUUUUUUUACUAUAAUUUAUGUUUAGGCAGAUGCAUCAUUGGCACCUUUUUAAAUAAGCUGUCAUGAUCAAGAUUGUGGUAGUAGAUAACAUAGGUAAACACAGCAAACUGAAAAUGUUUUGAACUGACUGGCAAUAAAAAAAAAGCAGUAGCAUAAAUGCUGUCAAUGUUUUUAUUUAACCCAAAUAUUUUGGGGGGAAAUAAUUAUUUUUUGGUUUAGCACAUGUAAAGUUUUCUACUAUAUUUAUGAGACCCAUACUUAAAGCAUUAUAAACUCUGUAAAUACAAUAGAAAAUUCAGUUUUUCAUUCAGUAUCCCAUUUAGUCUUACAUUGAGGCGUAUGUAUACUCAUCCAUUCAAGUUUUCUUUGAGGAAACAGUGUACUUUUUGAAGCACAUUUGUGAUAUUGUUUUGAGAAGAGUAAAUAGCAUUUGAAUUGAAAAUACUACAAGAUUUUACCUACUGGCCCCAUUGCACUGUGGAUAAACAUAUUAGGUUACAUACUACCUUGACAGCAUCCACUCUAACCCUACUUGGAGCAAGAGAAAGGGAGUGCAAAGCCUAAGUCAUUUACUUGAUGUCUGUAAUAAUUAAUUACUCUUUAGCCUCAGGGCAAAUUUAAAGCCAGUUUUUUUUGGGGGGGGGAGGGUUGUUUUGUUUUUUAACACAUCUUUAAUUUUAGCAGUUCCUCUUAGGCGUUUGUAUCCUUUUAUUUUUGUCUGUUCAUGCUAACGGUAACCAUCUCUUCCACUUGGGGAAACGAGUUUUUCACAUAACUUAAAAAUAAAGCAUUUAUGCCAUCUAGAAAAAUGUAUUCAUUGUCUAAUUUGGCAUUCCACCUUUAGUUUUUUAACUAAAGGGAAUUUUCAAGAUUAAGGAAUGAAGCAAGUAGAACUAUAAACUAAAUUGUGAAAUCAGAACUACCCUUAUAUUGAACAACAAAUUAAUUGUGUUAUGUACACACAUGGUGUGUAUGGAUUCUAAUGGAAAGUUAUUUCGAACAUUAUAAACAUUUUAAGCUCUUUUUGACUUUGGGACAUAUAAUAUCAGAAUGAAGCAACGCAAUGAAAGCUCUGACAGUAUUAUUAUAAAAAAAUUUUUUAGCUACCUAAUUUUUUUUGUCAUUAGUUAACUUGGAAGGAAAAUGUACAAGCUCCUGUCUUAAAUUUCGGGAGAAAUUGGAACCUGACAUUAACUUUACAUACACUCUUAUGUACUUCAGCUGCUCUAUUCAUAGUAUUUCUAUUGCUUUGCCAUGCCCUUACUUACAAAAUAGCAAAAUACAAAAGUUGUGCUUGGAAGUUGCUUGAUUGCUAAAUAGACAAUGAAUGCCUUUUGACCCCAAAUAAAUCAGCUGAAUUUCAUGCUGCUGUUCUGGUUUAGUGUCCAGUUGAUGUUAAGGCACUUCAUUGUUUAUAGUAAUAUUGUAGCACUUAAUGUUAUAUCUUAACACAAGUAAAUCCCUUUGGCCAUUAGCAAACCACUUCUAUUUUUGCUGUCUGCUGCGUCCAUACCAUAUGUAAAAAUACAUAUAUUCCCAUGUUUUAUCAGAA